ACACGCACAUGUGACGGUGUGCGGUGAACACAAGUGUGCGGGCUCCGUGCAGGUCCAAUGCUCCUUCUCCUCCUCCUGCUGCUGCUCCAUCUGCGGUUCGUGAACUUUGACGUUUCCGCCAAUAAAAACGCGCAGAAGAAAGAAAAUUGUUCAAACUAAGGAGGCCUACACAGGCUGUGAGAUCCACCAGAGCUGGGAGCUGAAGGAGGCAGCAGCAGGAUGAAGUCCAAAAGGAAGGCUGUGAAAUCGUCCAGCAGAACCUGGUCUGAUCCUGAACCAGAACUUGAGCAAGAUACAGAACCAGAACCGGGCUCCAGCGAGCAUGAAGGCUCAGAGGAAUCAUUGAGGAUUGCCAGCCCCUGGAGAGGUUCUCUCAGGAACGGGGGCAGGAGCCGACAGGAGGGAGGAGGCGGCAUCGGCGGAGGUCGUCGUCGGAAGCAACGCGGUACCAGCACCAAAGAACGCAGCCUCCGCCGGCUGGAGAGCAACGAGCGGGAACGCCAAAGGAUGCACAAACUCAACAACGCCUUCCAAGCACUAAGGGAAGCCAUUCCACACGUGAAGAUGGACAGAAAGUUGUCCAAGAUCGAGACUCUGACACUGGCCAAGAACUACAUCAAGGCUCUGACCACCAUCGUCCUGGACAUGUCAGGGGCCUGUGACGCUGCUGGCUCUGGUGGAGGGGUUCCAUCAGAGGCCAAUGCCACCAAACUUCUCCAGUGCUAUCAGCAGCACCUGAGAGACGAAGGGGAGGAGAACCUCACCCAGUACCUCACCCACAUGCACAGUUUUAGCCAAGGAAGCUAACUUCUGAAGGCUAGGAGCUAAGAGGCUGAAGGUGAGAGUCCUAGGCCACGAGAGCAAGCUAGAAGGCAAGAACCUGGUGUGUAAGCUGGAGGUUUUUUAAGUUGUUCCUGUUGGAACCAGGACCUGUUCCACUUUCAUAGACACCUGAUACCUUGACUCUGAAAGGAUGAGGUCUGUCUGCAGCUUCCUCUUCAUGGGUUUAAUGACCCACGGACACAAGGCUGUUCUGAUCCAAACACCAUGAACACUGAGUUCUGGACUCACUUUCAUCAUCCACCAGGUAACGAGUUAAAGAGUAAGAAGGUUUGGAGCAGACACGUCACCUGGUCAAUGAUGAAACAUAUUUUUUAAAGCAGCACCAACCAGUGAACUUUAGGGUUGUUGGUUUUUUGAGGAUACAGCUAGGGGGGCUGUCCUAAAAGAGAACAUUUGCAGUGAAGACAUUCCAUUUGUGUCAACAACUGUCAUUUUCGGCACAUCUGGAGGUGUUCUACUGAAGACGUGCCAAAUGUGUCAGUAGUGACAGGCACAGAGGCAUGAAUACCCAAGGGGAAAAACACUACAAUAGUAAAAAAACACAGAGUUCAUAUUUGUCCAAAUGGAAAAAAUAAAAAUAGAAAGUAUCCAGGCUUCUAGAUAAGAGUCACUGGGGUAGAAAGGUGGUGUUGUUCAUGCUCUGCAGAACACAGUGGACCUGACCAACAGCAAAAUACUGAAGUAGACAGCACUGUCUUUUAUUGAAACUUGACUUUUUUAAAUUCUUCAGAUGACCUGAUGCCUCAUCACAGACGAGUCACAGCUGUGGUGUCUCUUCAUCAUUUUUCCUUCUAUCACUUGUUGUACUCCAAAAACAAGGGCUCUUCCUUUACUGUUUUGUCUAUCUUUAAAAAUCUUUGUUCUCAUCUGUGGUUUGAGCUGAGGCCGAGUCUUGUUCUCCUUUAUGACUUAUCAUGUGAUCUUGUGUGUUCUGUUGUGAAAGCUGCUGAGCAUAGCCCCCAGCCACAACUGUCUCACCAGGCAGCAGGGGAAAGAAGGCCAAGCUGCUCUUCUCUACCCAAAUAUUGAGAAGCUAAAGCCGUAAAAGCAAAUUUGUUCAUUUGCUCAUGAUGAUGAAGUACCACUUUACUGGUCUUACUGGUUAAACUGCAGCUUGAAGGCAGAACAUUUGUUUUACUAAGUGUCUUUUAUUUGACUUUUUUUGCUGUGUGCGUCUCCAAAAAGAAAACGUUUUCAGUGAAGAAGCAGUGAGAGAGGAGAAAUGGUUUAAAGAGCCUAAUAAAGCCAUUUAUUUAUUGAUAAAAA